AUGCUAUUGGAAAGUUCCCCAAAAGAAUCAAAAAAAUACAUGCAUAAGAACCAUGAAGGGUAUGGUAUUGGAACGAUUGCCACGGCUAAAAUUUUCGAUAUGAACAAAUUUCGGGAGUUGGACGGUGUUACUGAGAUUGUGUUUGACAAUAUCCAGAAAAGACGUAGCUUUGAUUACGAACUUCCCCAAAGUAUUCGCCGCCUUUCGUGCAUAGGUAAUGACCUUAGAAGUGUUGAGAUCGAUGCUCCCAAACUUGAGUACUUGAACCUAAGUAAGAAUCGGUUGACGCCUUCUUGUUAUGGGUCAUUGGUCGUUCCACCAGUACUUAAAGAGUUGAUACUUUCUGAAUGCAAUUUCACUGCAUUUUCACACCCACUACCAGAUAACCUAUAUCGUUUGGAUUUGUCUCAUAAUUAUAUUAGUGUUAUUCGGAACCUUCCAAACAAUCUAAAGGUUUUGAAUUGUGAUGGUAAUCAUUUAGGAUCCAAUGAAUCAAUUGUGGCAUUCCCACCGGGCUUGAUUCAUCUUAGUUUAAGAUCGAAUCUUUAUCUUACUGCCAAACAUAUCGAUAAUCUAAAUUUAUUACAAUGUUAUAAUUUGAGAGUACUAAAUUUAUCUUACGUAUCAUUAGGAAAAUUGAAUUUGGAUUCAUUACCAAGAAGUUUACAACAAAUGGACCUAUCAAAUUGUCAGUUAUAUUCCUUUCAUGGAAGCUUUUUACGAUUCCAAUUUCUUGAAGAUAUUAACUUAAAUAAUAACAACCUAUCUGGUUACUUUUAUAAUGCUUUCAAUUGUUUUGGUGCGCUAUUUGGUAAUAAUAUUCAAGUGGUAAGUGUCUAUGGAAAUAUAUUACAACCAAUGGAAGUUCAGCUUUUAUGGAAUGACCUAUCUACCAAGUCCAAGUUUAAGAGAUUAUCUGUAGAUAGAGGGUUAGUUCAACAACCAGCAGCAACAGCUUAUCCUCCAGUUCUGGCCGUUAAUUCAGGUGUGCCUUUGGAGAGCAGUAGACCACAGAAACAACGUAGACUCAAUACGUAA